UAUCACACUGACUGUGCCCUUCUCCUGUUCGCCCCUGCCAAAAAAAACGCAACGCAACCAUGGUCGCCCACAAAGGCAAGCAACGCGUGCCGCCGUCCGGCCCCCACCCGCCCCCCGCGGCAACGGCACCUCGGUGCCGCCGCGUCAACAAACGCACGAACGCACGUGGCCCGGGGGCAGCCCCCGGUCGCGCGCCGCGGCAGCGCCGCCCCGACGAGCGGGGGAACGCGUUCGAUGAUUGACCGCGCGCGCCGCGGCACCGCCGCCCCGACGAGCGGGGGAACGCGUUCGAUGAUUGACCGCGCGCGCCCCGCCCGCAGUGCUAUGCCACUCCAACGCCCACACGGAGCCGCGCCCGAUGGCCACGGCGAACACGUACGUGAACGUCAAGCGCGUCUUCAACACGCAGCCCGAGGUCAUGGGCUUCGUGAUCAACGUCGGCGAGGUCGUCAACGCGCGCAUGAUGACGCGGCCGCUCAUGACCGUGCUGCUGUCAAUUCAGGCUGGACUCCUCUUGAGCUUCGGCGUCAUGAUGUCCUGCCAGGUCGGCGGCCGCUGGGGCUCGUCGACGGGCGUCAACAACUUCGUCUUCGCCGGCUUCGGCAUCCCCUUCGGCCUCACGUUCAUCGUGCUCUGCCAGGGCUGCGAGCUCAUCACGGCGAACUACAUGUUCUGCACCUUCGCCUGCCUCGCGGCCAAGCCCGAGGACCGCGCGGCCGAGAUCAAGGCCACGCUCAUUAACUGGGUCGUCUGCUGGACCUUCAACCUGCUCGGCGCGAUCCUCCACUUCGUCGUCUUCGCGUGGCAGACGGGCCUCAUCAUGACGGUCGCCGUCGACAACAAGAACUACGCGGACAGCGGCGGCGCGCUCGAGAACAACAACAAGAUCUUCUACGAGAACUCGGCGGCCUUCCAGGAGCACUUCAACAACGGCGACUUCUGCUCGACGGGCAGCAACAAGUACGGCAACAUCUGCAAGCUCAUCAAGGCCGCCAAGGCCAAGUGCACGCAGCACUUCGGCACGGCGCUCAUCCGCGGCGCGGGCUGCAACUGGAUGGUCUGCCUCGCCAUCUGGCUCCAGAUGAUCGCGACCGAGCCCAUCUCCAAGUUCAUCAUGAUCUGGCUGCCCAUCGAGCUCUUCAUCUCGUCGGGCUUCGACCACCUCGUCGUCAACGAGUUCCUCAUCCCGGGCGGCAUCAUCGUCGGCGGCUCGUACAUCGACAGCCGCGUGAACUUCCUCAACGCCUUCUGGAACAACUUCAUCCCCGUGACCAUCGGGUCCGUCAUCGGCGCCUGGUUCCUCGUCUUCCCCUUCUGGCUCGUCAACAAGGACGGCUGGGAGGCCAAGCUCAAGCGCGAGGCCGAGGCCGCCGGCGCGCCGGCCGAGAAGCUCACCGAGGCCUAGGCCCUGUCCGUUCGCGGGUGCCGGCGCGCGGCCCUGUCCAUUUUUCUUUCCCGCGCGCCGCCCGCCUUGUGUCCAUACCCUGUGCAUACUACUUCAGUAGAUUUAAGUUGUUUAUACUAUGGACAGACUACUAUGGACAGGGGUAUGCACAGGGAUUUCCACAAGAGCC